AAACGAAACCACGCCAAUUUUAAAGCUUGAACUUCCUACUCUCCUAGGUGAUCGCGUUAUUUUGUUUGUCAAUAACGAAAGGAUAAAUGUGAAUGUUCUUUUUUUUUUUUUAAAGAAAGUUGUCAAAGAAGGCUGCUAAAACAAAUAUUUGGCAGUCACCUAUCAGUAUUUCUUUGAAAGGGGGAUUUCCGCUGUUUGAAGAGAUUGUCCUUGCAAAAAUCUGGAUUUAACAUUUACUUUCUGUUUUAAGUUCGUUUAAAGAUGCCGUCUCGCGUAGAAGAUUAUGAAGUUUUAUACACAAUUGGAUCUGGAUCUUAUGGAAAAUGUCAGAAAAUAAGACGAAAGACAGAUGGAAAGGUACUUGUGUGGAAGGAGCUGGACUAUGGCACCAUGACUGAAGCCGAAAAGCAGAUGCUGGUGUCCGAGGUGAAUCUCCUCCGUGAGCUCAAGCACCCCAAUAUCGUUCGGUACUACGACCGCAUCAUCGACAGGAGCAACACCACGCUGUAUAUCGUCAUGGAGUACUGUGAGGGGGGGGAUCUGUCCAGUCUCAUCACCAGGUGUAUUAAAGAAAGGCGAUACCUGGAUGAGGAGUUCAUCUUGCGGGUGCUCACCCAGCUGGCUCUGGCGCUGAAAGAGUGCCACAGAAGAAGUGAUGGGGGCCACACGGUGCUACACCGGGACCUCAAGCCAGCCAACAUCUUCCUUGAUGCUAAGCAGAAUGUCAAGCUGGGAGAUUUUGGUUUGGCCAGAAUAUUAAAUCAUGAUACCAGCUUUGCCAAAACCUUCGUGGGAACUCCCUAUUACAUGUCUCCAGAGCAAGUUAAUAGAAUGUCCUACAACGAGAAAUCAGAUAUCUGGUCUCUGGGCUGCUUACUGUAUGAACUCUGUGCGUUAUCGCCUCCAUUCACGGCUUAUAAUCAAAAAGAACUGGCAGAGAAAAUCCGCGAGGGAAAGUUCAGACGGAUUCCUUAUCGGUAUUCAGAGGAGCUGAAUACACUUCUGUCCAGAAUGCUGAAUUUAAAGGAUUAUCUCCGGCCGUCGGUCGAGUCGAUCCUUCAGAACCCUGUGAUUGAGGACCUCGUGGCAGAGGAGCUGAGGAAGAACAGCGAGAAGAACCGGAGGAGGUCUGCGGAGCCCGAGAGUCCGCAGCCCACAGACCCCUCGGUGGCCGAGCUGAGGCUGAAAGAGCAGCAGCUGCACGAGCGAGAGCGGGCCUUGAAGACGCGGGAGGAGAUGCUGGAGCAAAGGGAACGAGAGCUGUGUAUUCGGGAGAGGCUUGCGGAUGAAAAACUGGCAAGGGCUGAGAACUUGAUGAAGAACUACAACCCAGUAAAGCAGCCAAAGACACCCUUUUCCAAUGUGCUAGGUAGCUGUGAAGAGAACUUUUCCCCUGGGCGAAAGAAGGUUCAUUUUGCUGGCGACAAAGAAAACCAGAAUCCAGAGAAACCCAUAAAAACCAAAAACCAGGAACUGAAAAAACGGUUGCAGGCAGCUAAUCUCCGUGCUGAAGCCCUCUGUGAAAUGGAGAGAAAUUACCAUUUAAAAAGCAGGCAGAUCCUUGGUAUCCGUUAAAUCUAGGAUUUGUUUUGCAAGGAGGCCGAAAGGUGAAUGUACAGGUUUAAUUUAUUUGUCUUUUAUGUAUUUUUAAAUUAGGUUGAUUGUAUCCCUCAAACCUAGAUCGAAUAUUGAUAAAAAGCUGAACACGUUAGUAAAAGUCUUUAUUAAUAAGGA